AUGAUAUCACCAAAAGCAGCAUUGUCAUCGUCGAUGAUGUUGGAUAAUGAAAAGCUCCCAGAAUACAGUUAUUCCUUCGGUGUGUACCGAGUGGAAGAAUGUCCGAUGAACCAAUCGGAAUGGGAAGUGGCCGCUGAAAGGCGUCAGUGCAACAAAACACAUGGAUAUCACUGCGCUCCUGACAAAUAUCAUUCGACACUUAUUGAAUUUUGUUACACCAAGAAACGCAUUCUUAUUCACACGGGAAAUUGUGUUGAGCUUGCGGCUGAUGGGAUCCUAAAUCAUGUUAAAUGUCAGAACUUCACCAAUGGAUGUCCAGAAAAACCGUAUUAUAGCAAUGAGUUAUAUACAUAUCCAAACUGCAUGAGUUUAGCGAUCGGCUGUUUUACAUCUGACAAGGAAUGUCUGAAAGAGAGGUUCAAUAAAUUGCAAGGAUCCCGGACAAUCAAACAGACCACGGAAGGGAUUCCUGUAUAUCUAAUAGCACUUCCAGUGUUAAUCUGUUUUGUUGUCGUUAUUGUUCUCAUCUUCAUAUUCAGAAGAAAAGUAUCAAAGAUAAAUCAACGGGAGCAUAAUGGUGAGCUGGAAGAAACGGAGAAUCUAAAUUUUAUUACAGAAGAUUUCCAAGUUUCUCCAAUAGAAGAAAACCAAAGCAAGUAUUUCCUAUGA